AUGACUAUGCUUUCUUUCCCAUCUUCUCUCUCUAAGCUGCUGAUCAUGGCUCUUAGCAAUUCCAGCUGGAAGCUUCCCCAGCCCUCUUUUUUCCUAGUUGGUAUUCCAGGUUUAGAGGAGAGUCAGCAUUGGAUAGCCUUGCUCCUGGGUGUGCUUUACUUCCUUGCUGUAGUGGGCAAUGUUACGAUUAUCUUCAUCAUUUGGACCGACACAUCCUUGCACCAACCCAUGUACCUCUUCCUUGCCAUGCUGGCUGCCAUUGACCUGGUCCUGGCCACAUCCACUGCACCCAAAGCUUUGGCAGUGCUCCUGGCUCAUGCUCAUGAGAUUGGGUACAUUGUCUGCCUGACCCAGAUGUUCUUCAUCCAUGCGUUCUCCUCCAUGGAGUCAGGGGUGCUGGUGGCUAUGGCUCUUGAUCGUUAUGUUGCAAUUUGUCACCCUCUGCGCCAUUCCACCAUCCUACAUCCAGGGGUUAUAGUGCACAUUGGAAUGGUGGUGCUGGUGCGGGGAUUGAUCCUCCUCAUCCCCUUCCCCAUCCUACUGCAAAACCUUAUCUUCUGCCAGACCACUGUCAUAGGCCAUGCUUAUUGUGAACAUAUGGCUGUGGUAAAGCUGGCCUGUUCUGAAACCACAGUGAAUCGAGCUUAUGGGCUGUCAGUGGCACUGCUGGUGGUUGGGCUAGAUGUCCUGGCCAUUGCUAUCUCUUAUGCCCUCAUUCUGCAGGCAGUGCUGAAGGUCCCUGGUGGAGAGGCCCGACUCAAGGCCUUCAGCACAUGUGGAUCUCAUGUUUGUGUAAUACUUGUCUUCUAUGUCCCUGGGCUGUUCUCCUUCCUUACUCACCGCUUUGGUCACCAUGUGCCCCAUCACGCUCAUGUUCUUCUGGCCAUCCUCUAUCUCCUUCUGCCACCUGCCCUUAAUCCUCUUGUCUAUGGGGUGAAGACUAGGCAGAUCCGCCAGCGAGUGCUCAAGGUGUUUUCCACAAAGGGAUUGAGUUGA